AUGUCUCAUACUGGACACAUUAAAAUAGGUGAUAUUAGGACAAGCAUGCUAUUGCAUCGGAAUGAGAAAAAUCUCGAUAUUCAGGCAAUUGGGUAUAUGGUUCGGGAAAUCAUAAAACCGGGAAAUAGUAAACUAUACCCACGAAAAUUUUCACUUAAAGACCCUUCAAAAUGGAAUUCGGAUAUGCUUGACUUCUUUAAAUAG